UCGAAUCAACCAUCCUUAAAAAAGACCCUGCCGUGGGAACAGAAAAAAAGGAAAAGGAGGGGAGGAAUUGAGUCCACCACCACCACCGGCAGCGGCAGGCAAGGCUCGCCGUGGCCGCAACUCGGCUCGGGAAUCCAAUCCCCCACUCCCCUCCCCUCCCCUCCCCGCCGCGCUGGACUUAUAAAUAGAUUCUUCCCCGUCUCGAUCCCCGCCGGCUCGGGUCGGAUUCAACUCACCUACCCACCACUUCCAAUCCCAACUCUGCCUACUUCCUACGCCACUGUCACCACCGCUCCCUCCCCUUGUCAUGGCGGCCGCGGCGCUCAGGGAGCAGCUCAACGCGCUCCUCGCCUCCAUGUUCGCCUCGGGUUUGGUGGACGAGCAGUUCCAGCAGCUGCAGAUGCUGCAGGACGACGGCGGCACGCCGGGCUUCGUCGCCGAGGUCGUCACCCUCUUCUGCGAUGACGCCGACAGGAUCAUCGCUGAGCUUGCCGCCCUGCUGGAGCAGCCCAUCGUGGACUUCGAUAAGGUGGACGCCUACGUGCAUCAGCUCAAGGGAAGCAGCGCCAGUGUUGGUGCUCAGAAAGUGAAGUUUACUUGCAUGCAGUUCCGUCAGUUAUGCCAGGAUAAAAACAGAGACGGGUGCAUUAUGGCGUUGGCUGUUGUGAGAAAUGAGUUCUAUGAUCUGCGCAACAAGUUCCAGACUAUGCUUCAGCUUGAGCAGCAAAUCCAGGCUCAGCAAUAAUAGAAGGAAAAGGAGCAUAGAUGCAUGUGACCUCACAUGAUACUGUAUCUUUGAAGAUUUAGACCAUGUUCGAUGGGUUCCCAACUUGGAAUGUGUGGAAAGUCACUGACAUGAGAUGUCAUGCUCAAACUUUGGCUCACAGACCUGUAAUUGUUAGCGACAAAAAACGAUUGUCUAGCGUUUUGUCUCUAAUAGUUUACCUCUUGGUGUUUGAUGGGCUGUCACGUGGCAGCCAUCAUAUAUAUACAUAUAUAUAUAUA